CCAGACAGCGUGAGUGCAGUGAUUGUCGUCCUGGCUGCGGUGAUCGUCCUGAUCAUCGGGUUUGGUGUCUUGGGCAAGCACUCCAGCAGCGUGAUGACGCUGAUGUCUCCCGGGAACAUCGGCCAGCGCGGCGUCCUGGGCUGCACUUUCGAGCCCGACAUCGGGCUGAGCAGCAUUGCUGGAGCUCCCAAAGCUUUCAGCAUUCCCAAGGUGCACAUGGAGAACAGCAGCAGUGGGGACACCUUACAGUGCGAAGCACCACGCUGGUUCCCUCAACCUGCUGUGCACUGGACAGCUGCAGCAACUCUGUCCAGCACCAGCACCAGCUACGAGCUGAACCCUGAAAACAUCACUCUGAAAGUGGUUUCCUUUCUGCACAAUGUUACUACUAAUGUCACCUACACCUGUGUGAUUGAGAACAACAUUGCCAAGGCUACAGGCAACAUCAAAGUGACAGAUUUCAGCAUUACAAGGAGGACCAACUUGCAGCUGGUGAACCUGAAAGCAAAGUCAAUGUCUUACUCCCUUCCAGCUUAUCACUGGACACUUCUGCUUCCCCUGUAUCUGCUGUUGAGAUAAAGUCUCUAUAAAACAACCAGAAACACUGCUGGACCUGGAGGUAAGCUUGGAAAUGAAAACUCUGAAGUAUA